CCUCCCUCUUUCUUCUUCUUCGCCUGUAGUGGAGGAACUGGUUGUGUUGAAACGACUGUUGAAAAAAGAAAAAGAACACAUUUUUCGGGGUUUAGUGAAAGUUUAAUCGCAGACAUUAUGUCGUCGUGGGCGAAUUCUUCCCCAGCUGCUCGGCGGGCUUCGGCGAACCCAAACGGAAGUGCCCAGCAACUACGUCUGCACCGGAGAACGGCUCCAUACCCCGGCAGAGGAGAAGAGAGGACCGAAGAGCUCAAAGAUGUUCUGGACAGUUAUGAAGAACUAGAGCAAAUGCAAAGUGUGACGUUUGAGGCGUUCAAGCAAAAGCCAAAUGUUCCCUCCCUCCAACCCUCAACGAAGACCGAGAGCUGCACUCCCGCAGACAGACGUAAAGCUCUGUAUCAGAAGUUCUACAGACAAGUGCAGGAGGAGAGGAAGCCGCCCGACUGUGUGGUCCUCUCUGUUACCAACCAGUGCCUGGAUUACCCCAAAUCGCUAAGCCAGUGCUUGCAGGAGCGUGGUCUGUCAGUGGAAAUGCUCUACCUUCAGGUGGAAUCGGGCCUGACCCGGGCCCUGCAGGAUGUCCGAGCAGGCGGCUCCCCGUUAUGUAUUCUGGUGGAGCAGACAAACGUAGCUCUGUCCUCCUGCACUGUUAUCAUAUUCUCAGAGUCCCUCAAAAUCCAUCGCAACAUGCCCAAAGACCAGGCCAUGGACUUUGUCACCGCCGAGUACAGUCGCGGGCUCCUCAAAGAGCGUACGCCAAGGGACCCUGCGGACAUCGCAGCACAGACGUCGCAGCUGCUGGACGAUUUUCUAGACAGAGAGAAGGUUGAGCGCCACAGCAUUCCGUCUGAAACGCGGCAGCUCCUCACGCUGUUAGCCGAGGGGGUGCACCUCUACCCCGAGGAGUUGGAAACCAUCUCGGAGUACGUCCGCUCUCGGCAGGAGUACAUACACGCCUCUAACACAGAGGGGGAGAGAGGGAGCUUGUUACUAACGUCAGGACAGGGUAAACCACCACCUCUGCUCCCCACACCACCCGGGCCCCCACUGUGUGACUUAGAAGAGGGGCCCCUGAUGGACCACAACCUACCUACACGUCCACCUCUCUUGCCUUCACCAGGUUUUUAUCCCAAAUCCAAACCUCCUUCACUGCUGUCCUUGAAUCAGCUUCCGUGUCCGCCACUUGCGGGCCCAUCUUUUCAGGGCUCCUUCAAUGGGCCCCCUUUGCUUCGCGGGCCCCCGCUUCUGCCCCAUUCGCCUUUGUACCACUCAGGCUCCAGGGGCUCUCCUGGUAUGAGAGGGGCCCCUCCUUUACUGAAGAGCUCCCGUCCUCCUCUUCUCUUGUCUCCAGGUCCUCCUCCGUUACGUCCAAGCGGCCCCCGACACUAAAUAAGGACACAUACACUCAGAUAGGCCUCGUUCAGACCUGAGUAGAUCCACGCUCCACACUCUUUUGUCUGCACAGUGUUGAAUGGUUGUUUGUUUUUGAAUCAUUGCUCGUGUUUGUAGAAUAUUCUUUUUCUGUUUGGUUGCCAUUUUUCCAGGGACAGGAUUAAAAAACAAGCACCAAUCCAGUUUUUGAUGUGAAUCACAGCAGUUUUUACUUUUAUGAACGUCUGUGAGGAAUUCUCUGUAAAAAAAAGUCUUUAAAUCUCGGAUUGUUUUGCUGUGAAACCAGAGAUUCAUAAAGAGAAGAACAAACUGCUCAACAUUUCUCUUCUGUUUUGUAGAUACUGUUCAAAUACUGUUCUGUCUCUUUUUU